AUGGUGAAACUAGCCAACCCGCUGUACACACAAUGGAUCCUAGAGGCCAUCCGAAAAGUGAAAAAGCAAAAGCAGCGCCCUUCCGAAGAGCGCAUCAGCAAUGCAGUCAACAUGUCCCAUGGCCUGGAUCGCAAAACUGUGUUAGAACAGUUAGAACUCAGUGUCAAAGAUGGGACUAUCCUCAAGGUCACCAACAAGGGGCUCAACUCCUACAAGGAUCCAGACAACCCUGGGAGAAUCAUUGUGCCCAAAGCCAAAACUGGAAGCUCUGGAGGAGGAGGAGGAGGAGGCGGAGGCGGCGGCGGCGGCGGCAGCUCAAGUGGAGGGUCACACUUCCACACAGGGAAGAAACCAGGGCUGGACUGGAACAAGCUAAUCAAACGGGCACUGGAGGGUCUCCACGAGCCUGGGGGUUCAUGUUUAAAAGACAUUGAGCGUUUUCUAAAAUGUCAGGCAGAUGUUGCAUCGUAUCUGUCCAGCAGUGGCUCCAUGGGCACUGGGAUCUUUCACCAGCAGCUGAGGGUGGCCCUAAAGCGCGCUGUGGCCCAUGGACGAGUGGUCAAACAGGGUUCUCUCUUUGAGCUGGUCAGCCGCAGCAGCUCCCACCACCACGUUGACGACGGGACUGGGACAGUGUCUAUUGAGUCACUACCACCUGUCCGGCUGCUUCCCCACGAAAAGGACAAGCCGGUGGCUGAACCCAUCCCCAUCUGCAGCUUCUGUUUGGGCACCAAGGAGCAGAACCGCGACAAGAAGCCAGAGGAACUCAUCUCCUGUGCUGACUGUGGCAACAGUGGCCACCCGUCCUGUCUCAAGUUUUCCCCAGAGCUCACAGCACGAGUCAAGGCGCUGUGGUGGCAGUGCAUUGAAUGCAAGACUUGCAGCAGCUGUCAGGAUCAAGGGAAGAAUGCGGACAACAUGCUGUUUUGUGACUCCUGUGACCGGGGCUUUCACAUGGAGUGCUGUGACCCUCCACUCCAGCGGAUGCCAAAGGGCAUGUGGAUUUGUCAAAUAUGUCAGCCAAGGAAAAAGGGAAAGCUUUUACAUGACAAGGCAGCACAAAUCAAACGCUACAGUGGACCCCUGGGGCGGCCCAAGAACCGACCAGGCAGGCCGUUCAAGAAGCUCGGUGGCCGCGGUCGGAGGAGGCGCUCGGCAUCUGCAAAUUCUUCGUCCAGUUCGUCCUGUGACGGUUACCCUGGCGACGACCGGUUGCUCUUCUCGAUGCGAGACGAUGACGACAUGAACCAAAGUGGUCUCCGUUUCAACAACAAGACCAAGGGUUUGAUCGACGCGCUCACAAAGUUUUUCACACCGUCACCAGAGGGCCGUAAGGCGCGGCAGGAAGUGGUGGACUACUCCCAGCAGUGCCGCAUCCGUAAGAAAACCAGCCGCACGGGAGAUGCAGAUGGAGAUGACAGGGCGGACAAUCAGGAUGGCAGCGACUGGCGUGACGAGGAUGAUAAACUGCCCGGUCACGAAAAUCUGACAGAAAAAGACAUUGAGUUAUUCCGACACAUCCAGGAGCUGGCGUUACAGAAAGUGGGAGUGACUGGACCCCCUGACCCCCAGAUGCGAUGUCCCUCGGUCAUUGAGUUCGGAAAGUUUGAAAUCCAAACGUGGUAUUCAUCUCCGUAUCCACAGGAAUACAGCAGACUUCCAAAGCUUUAUCUGUGCGAGUUUUGCCUCCGUUAUAUGAAGAGUCGAAGCAUCCUUUACCAGCACAUGAAGAAGUGCCAGUGGUUUCACCCUCCUGCCAACGAGAUCUACCGGAAGGACGAUGUGUCUGUAUUUGAGGUUGAUGGAAACGUGAGCACAAUCUACUGUCAGAAUUUGUGUCUGCUGGCCAAGCUGUUCCUGGACCAUAAGACCUUAUACUACGACGUGGAACCUUUCCUUUUUUACGUCCUCACACAAAACGACGGCAAGGGUUGUCACCUUGUUGGGUACUUUUCUAAGGAAAAGCACUGUCAACAAAAAUACAAUGUAUCAUGCAUCAUGAUUCUUCCACAAUACCAGCGCCAAGGCUACGGCCGAUUUCUCAUCGAUUUCAGCUAUUUGUUGUCAAAACGAGAAGGGCAGCCAGGAUCUCCAGAAAAGCCUCUUUCUGAUCUUGGCCGGUUGUCUUAUAUGGCCUAUUGGAAGAGCGUUGUGCUGGAGUGUCUACAUGAAUUGCGCGAUCGACAAAUCACCAUACGUCAACUAAGCAAACUAACUGGAAUCUGCCCCCAAGAUAUUACCACCACCCUCCACAGCCUCACUAUGCUGGAGCAGAGGGGAGACCGAACUGUGCUGGUGCGACGUGAGAAGCUGGUUUCAGACCACAUGGCACGCCUCAAAGCUCGACCGCGGCAACUGGAGGUGGACCCCGAGUGUCUGCGGUGGACUCCAGUGAUCGUGACCAACACGGUUGUUUCUGAAGCAGAGGGGGACGACGACGACGAUGAGGAUGAUGAAGCUGAUAAAACCAAGCGCAAAGAGAUCAAGCCAAAUCCUAAAGCUUCAUCAAUUUCUUGGCACAUGCGUCAAGCCAAAAAAAGGGAGGAUGAGGAAGAAGAGGAUGAAGAAGAGGACGAGGAAGAAGAAAGGAAGGGGUUUCUAGGUUUUCCCAUCAGCCAAAGUUCCCCAAACUCUGCUCCGAUCCGCAGCGCGCCCGCCUCUGACUCACAGCGCGCUGUCCCUUCCACCAACGGAGAGCGUCGACCACGUGGACGGCCCCCUAAGAGCUGGCCCUGGGGCAAAGGGAGAGACGCUCACCCGGGACGCCCUCCUAAGAUCCGCCCUGUAGAUGAUGAUGAAGAUGAUGAAGAUGACGAUGAUGACGAAGAUGAUGAUGAUGACGAUGAAGAAGAGACGGAGCAGGACAAAAGCUUAGGGUCUGAGACUGGCCCUCCAUCACUCUUCGCUCUGGACAGACAAACAGAAACUGUACCUUUUCACAAACUGGGAAUGACCAGUCACUCCAUAACCCCCUCCCGGAGGGGCCGCCCCCCCAGAAAAAAGAGAGGUCCAAAACCCAGACUAAGUGAAGGGCCUGGGGACAGUUUAGGCCAGCUGUCUGGAGUCCCCAGGCUGAGUGACACCCCUUCUGGUAGGAAGAGCUGCUUUAGCGAGAGCAGCGACGAAGACGACGAAGAUGAUGAUGAAGAUGACGAUGAAGAUGAUGACACGAGGGAAAACUCUCCUCCCAUGCUAACCAAACCAGCCAUGGGGCUCAAGUGCAAGAAGCCCCUAAGAAAACGCCGUUUUCGCCAGCGCAGCCACCCCCACAGCAGCGUGGUGACCGAGACCAUCUCCGAGACGACAGAAGUCCUCGACGAGCCCUUUGUAGAUUCAGAUUCUGAGAGACCUAUGCCCCGACUAGAAGAGGAAACACCGUUUGGACAUCCGCUGAGACAAUACCCUCCAGCUCGCGCUGCUCUGCGCUUGUCUGACCCAGGACCCAAACGGCCCCGCCUCACCCACUUCACAGACUCUGAGGAUGAUGAGCUUACACCAGUCCUGAAGCCAGUUUCAGUUCUCUCUGCGUCUCCCACAGAUCCCUCUGCCAACCCUGAAGCGCCUGUCAAAAAGAAGAAAGGCUGGCCCAAAGGAAAAAGUCGUAAACCCCUGCACUGGAAGAAAAGGGGGCCAGGUCGACCUCCAGGCAGCGGCCCCAAUCAGCGAGCAGCUGCUGAAAACUUGAGUGGAGAUCCUCCUCCUCCUAAAAUCAAGAUGAAGCCAGGGCGCAAGCCCAGAGGCUGGUACCUGCAAAGAGCUCAGGAGGAGGCGGAGAGGCAGGACCAGGAGAGGCGCAGGCUCAUGAACCAAAUGGACAAAGAUUCUUCUCUGGACGAGCACAGCGGCAAGCGGCUGUGUCGGGACAGCAAACACAGAGACUCUGACGAAGAGGACGAUUUUCUCCCUAAACCUGUAGAACAGAAAAUCCCCAGGAGGAGAGGCCGGCCUCCCAAAAAUCCAACCUUCAGACCGCCUCCCCAACCUGCCCCAAAGCCUCCACCUGCCUCUGAGCCUGAGGAAGAGGAAGAUGAUGAAGAGGAUGAUGAACAGGAAGAAGACAAACCAAGUCGUCCCCCAUCACGCCCUCUUCUGUCGCCCUCCUCCUCCUCAUCCACGCCGGGACCCAGAGCUCCACCGUGUAGAUCUCAGGACACAGAGGGGGACCGUGAGGAAGAUGAGGAUGAUGAAGAACGUGAGGAAGAGGAAGAGUGCACCAGCAUGAGCCGAAGAGCAGCAGUCACCCCCGGAUCCGGCAGCAGACGCAGUGAUGACCACGACGCUGACGAUGAAGGAGACGGACAUGUGGACGACAAAAGCAACAACAAGAAACGAAAAGGCCCUGAAUCUGAUGAAGAGGAGGAGGAAGAUGAGGAAGAAGAGGAGCCGGUAUCUCGUGCCAGUUCUCCUCCUGUUAAAGAAGAACCACAGGGGGAGGCUUUUUUAGACAUGGAGAACAGCGUGGCCAAAGAAUACGUCAGCAAACAGGAGGAAGAGGAGGAGGAGGCUGAGGAAGAGCCAGCUCCCAAGAGCGGCCCGUCAUCGGUCGACCCCCAACAAGACGAGAGGAGGCGCAGAGAGCAGGAGGAGUCUGCUGCAGCCGCUGCUGCUGUGGAGACUGUUACGGCCAUGUCUGUUCCGUCAGAGCCUAUGGACCUCCCGCCUCUGCAUGAAGACAAGAAUGUCACGCUGUUGAUGGAGGAACCUCAACACCCCCACCCAAACCCCCCAGACCACCACCCCCACCACCACUCCAAUGAGCUAGACCUGGAGACCGUUCAGGCGGUCCAGUCCCUGACACAAGGGGAGGCCCAGGAGGAAGAGGCUGAACCCCACCCUCACCACGGGGCUUACCAGGACUGCGAGGAGACCCUAGCCGCCUGUCGGACACUACAAAGUUACAGCCACACAGGGGAGGGGGAGGAGGAGGCGCUGGGUUUGGUGGAGGAUUGUGGGACAUCACAACACAGUAGCCCUAUGCCCAACCCCACUAUGCCGCCUCUGCCCAGUCAGUCGGUGCGCUCAGUCAACAGUCCCGGAGUGUCCUCUUCCAUGAUGGACACAACACCCUCAGGGCAAAGAGGAGGUACCCCUGGUCCAAAUGGAGCAGGAAGCAAUAACAGCAGCACUGGUGGAGGGUACACUCAAAUCACCCCAGAGCACCCCAGCUCUCUCUCUGCACCCUCCCAACAGAAUAUGGAGACCUCCCCCAUGAUGGACGUCCCCUCGGUGCCAGACCACUCUCAGCAGGUGGUGGACAGUGGCUUCAGUGACCUGGGCAGCAUCGAGAGCACCACUGAGAACUAUGAUAACCCCAGCAGCUACGACUCCACGAUGGGUGGAGGGGGCAACGGGACAGGAACUGGGGGGAAUGGAGGUAUUUCUGCUGCUGUGGCCGGAGCCUCCGCUGCCUCGUCCUCUGCUCCUUCAUCCUCCAGUAGCGCACCUCCCUCAUCGUCCCAGAACAACAGCUGCUCCUUUCCUCCAGCCCCCAGUCUCAACUCCUCCAGUGGGACAGGGGGGCAGCUCUCCAUGGGCAGCUGUAGCCACAUCGCACAGACGGGUCAAGGCCCAAGCAAUGGUCCCAGCCCCAACAAUGUUGCAGUACCACAGCCUCCUCCACCCCCUCCGCCAUCCAACACCCCUGGGUGUGGAAUUAAGUCUCCUCAGAGCUGCGGAGUUAUAGAGAGACCGCCAAGCACCAACCAGCAGCAGCAGCCACCCCAGCCCCAAAAGAAGGUCCCACAGCAGCCUCCUCAGCAGACAUCCGCACCCUCAGCCCCCCCACCUCUUCCGCAGCAACAGCAGUCCCUGUCCCAGUGCAGUAUGGGAAAUGGCUUUGCCGCUACACCCAUGAUCAUGGAGAUCCCAGAGAGUGGUGGUGGAGGAGGGGCCAGAACACUCUAUGAACGCAUGGGCCAGGACUUUGGCACUGGGGGCUACCCCCAGCCCUCUGCUACAUUCAGCCUGGCCAAACUUCAGCAGCUCACAAACACGAUCAUGGACCCUCAUGGCAUGCCGUACUCUCACUCUGCGUCAGUCACUUCCUAUGCCACCAGUGUCUCCCUGUCCAACCCUGGGAUGGCUCCUUCGCCUCACACUCCUCUCCCCCAGGGCCAGCCCACAAUGACACCUCCUCCAAACCUCAGCUCUGGCUCUAUGAACCUGGGCUCUCUUCAGCUGCAGUGCAACAUGCCCACCACAAACAUUGGCUUGGGCCCCCCGCCGCACACACAGCGGCUUCAAGGACAAAUGGCAACUGUUAAGGGCCAUAUUUCCAUCCGCUCCAAAGCCACCCAGCAGCUUGCCCCGGCCCCGCACCAGCAGCAGCUGUACGGGCGCAGCUCCGGGGCCGUGGCCAUGCAGGGGACACCAAGGACUUUGGCCGUGCAGCGGGGCAUGAUGCCAAACCUCAUGCCCACACCCGGCACUUACAACUCAAUGAACAUGGCCCCUCUGAACGCCAUGACAGCAGCAGGGUACAGAAUGCCUCAGCCCAUGAUGAACAGCAGCUAUCACGGAAACCCUGCCUACAUGAACCAGCCCGCGCAGUACCCCAUGCAGAUGCAGAUGGGGAUGAUGGGAGGACAGGGUUACCCACAGCAGCCUAUGCAGCCCAAUCACCACAGCAACAUGAUGUACACUGCUCCUUCACAUCACAGUUAUGCUGGUGUCCCAAAGCAGCCACCGUACAUGAGCAGAUGA